AUAUGCCAAACAAAAGACGAUGUUAAGUGUGUUAGCAGCUUUUCAAGUGGAAGUACUAUAGAUUCCUUGUUUCUUCAUUGCAUUUGCAUGGUGUUUUCUUCCUACUGAAGUAAGCUAGUUGCCUCUCAUUGGUAAAGCUACUUCAUUUGACUGUGUAAUUCUCAGAAGAAGGAUCAGUGGAUAUGAUGAUGGAAGGUGAAGAUAGUAGUAGCAGCAAGAAGAGAGGAGUUCAAAAUCAUAACGAUGGCUUCAUUAAUAUUCUCUUUUCUUGGUCUCUUGAUGACAUUUGUAAUGAAAAUCUUUUCAGUCAUAAGGUGGAAAAAAUUCCUGAAUCAUUUGACUCUGUCACUCAGUAUUUCGAAUCAUUUGUUUGUCCUUUGUUGGAAGAAACACGAGCACAACUGUUCUCAGCCAUGGAGACCAUUUCAAGCGCACCUUAUGCUAAGGUGGAUGUUUUUAGGCCCCAUGGACCUGAGCUGCAUGAUGUUAAGAUUGAUUACUGGAGGAACAGGUUCAGUAACAAUGGUAAAGAGCCUUAUAAAACUUUGCCGGGGGAUAUUUUAAUUUUAGCAGAUGCAAAGCCUGAAACUAUUUCCGACUUGGAGAGGGUUGGUAGGAUGUGGUCUUUUCUAUCAGUCAUGAAAAUCGCAGGGGAUGAUGAUGAAAAUGAUAACGAUACCACUUCUACUUACUUUAAAGUGAAGGCUUCAAAAAGCAUCCAGCAGUUUGAUGGGGAGAAAUCACUGUUUGUGAUUUUCUUGGCAAAUAUUACUACUAACAGAAGAAUAUGGAAAUCCUUGAACAUGUCUCGAAAUUUGAAGAUUAUCAAUGAAGUUUUAUGCAGGAAUUCUGUGUUGGAGGAAAGUUGCCAAGUCUGUUCUGAACUGAAUGGAGGCAUCUUAUAUGAGAAAUUUGGUAGUGGUGUAUCAUCAACAUUGAAUGCAGUUCUUACCUGUCUUGAUGGAGUGCGUUGUGAUCACAAGUCCUCUGUGCAACUUAUAUGGGGUCCCCCUGGAACAGGGAAAACUAAAGCUGUUAGUAUGCUUCUCUUUACGCUGUUGAAAACAAAAUGCAGAACCCUUACUUGUGCCCCGACAAAUGUUGCAAUUACUGAAGUUGCUUCUCGUGUUCUGAAGCUGCUGAAAGAAUCGAUUAAAACUGACGACUAUGGAAGUGAGACUCUGUUGCUUCCUCUUGGAGAUAUUCUCUUGUUUGGGAGUAAGGAGAGACUCAAAGUUGGUCAAGAAAUAGAAGAAAUAUAUCUGGAUUAUCGUGUUAAAAGGCUUUCAGAGUGUUUUGGUAUGCUGACUGGCUGGAGGCAUUGCUUCUCAUCCAUGAUGGAUUUACUUGAAGAUUGCGUUUCUCAGUAUCACAUUUUCUUGGAGAAUAAAUUGAUAAAGAAGAAAGAAAGCGUUGACAAAAAUGAAGUCAAAGAGAAUUACAGGAAUAUGGAAACGGAAGGUGACACUGAGGAGUUUAAUUCAUUUCUUGAAUUUGUGAGAGAUAGAUUUAAACAUACUGCCACUCCUCUUAGAAAUUGUGUAUAUAUCUUCUCCACUCAUAUACCCAAAAGUUUCAUUUUGGAAAGUAAUUUUCAAAAUAUGGUAGAUCUUAUCAGUUUACUUGAUUCUUUCGAAACUUUGUUGUUUCAAAAAAAUGUAGUUUCUGACGAGCUGCAAGAGCUCUUUUCACAUUCAGUAGCUGAAGAGUUUUUUUCAUCACCUGGGCAUAGAAAUUACUUGUUGCAGAAAAGGAGAGGUGAAUGCCAUACUGUUUUAAGAAAUCUUCAUGAUUCCUUUAGUAAACUUGAGUUUCCAAGAGGUAUGAACAAAGAUUCGUUAAAGGAUUUCUGUUUUAAAACAGCUUCUGUAAUAUUUUGCACUAAGUCUAGUGCAUUUAAGCUGCAUUAUGUGGACAUGGAACCACUGAACAUUCUGGUCAUUGAUGAGGCGGCACAACUAAGAGAAAGUGAGUCGACAAUACUGCUGCAACUGUUCGGCUUAAAUCACACUAUUCUCAUUGGGGAUGAAUGCCAAUUGCCAGCAACGGUUAAAUGCAAGGUUUCUGAUGAAGCUUCUUUCGGUAGAAGCUUAUUUGAGAGGCUGAGCUCAUUGGGUCACUCUAAACACCUGCUCAAUACACAGUAUCGGAUGCACCCCUCAAUUAGCUACUUCCCAAAUUCACAUUUUUAUAACAACCAGAUUUGGGAUUAUCCUAAUGUUAAAAGAAAAAGCUACACAAAAGUCUUUUUGCCAAGAUCUCCAAUAUUCCGUUCAUAUUCUUUCAUCAAUAUUCUCGAAGGGAGAGAAGAGUUCAUUGGCCGUAGCUGGAGAAAUAUGGUUGAGGUAGCUGUUGUGAUGAAAAUAUUGCAGAACCUGUACAAAGAUUGGAAUGACUCAAAACAGAAGCUGAGCAUUGGCAUAGUCUCACCUUACGGUGCGCAAGUACACACAAUUCAAGAAAAAAUUGGAGGCAAGUAUGAUAACUGUGAUGACUUUACUGUAAAAGUGAAGUCAAUUGAUGGGUUUCAAGGUGGUGAGGAGGACAUUAUUAUAAUUUCGACUGUGAGAUUCAACAGAAGUGGAUCCAUUGGAUUCUUGUCCAAGCCACAGAGAAUCAAUGUUGCGCUUACGAGGGCUAGGCACUGUUUAUGGAUUUUAGGGAAUGAAAGAACCUUAACUCAUGGUGAAUCUGUUUGGGAAAUCUUAAUCCAUGAUGCUAAGGACCGCUGUUGUUUCUUUAAUGCUGACAAAGAUAAGGAUAUGGCCAAAGCUAUAUUAGAGCUUAAUGAAUUGGAUGAAUUGCUGAAUGGUGACAGUAUACUUUUCAGAAAUCAAAAGUGGAAGGUUGUUUUUAAUGAUAACUUCUUGAAAUCUUUUAAAAGAAUGAAAUCAGAUCGCGACAAGAAGUCGAUUAUCAACCUUCUAAUGAAACUUUCAACUAGCUGGCGACCUAAGAGAAGGAACAUAGAUACUAUUUGCCAAAGCUCUCUGCACAUUAUUAAGCAAUUUAAAGUUGAAGGUCUAUAUACAAUUUGCACUGUUGACAUAGUGAAGGAAUCAAUGUACAUCCAAGUUUUGAAGGUCUGGGAUAUAUUGCCUUUGGAGGAUGUUCCAAAGUUGGUAAAACGUUUGGAUGAUAUAUUUGUUAGGUACACUGAUGACUACAUCAACCGUUGCAAAGAGAAAUAUAUUGAAGGGAAUUUGGAAGUUCCCAAGACUUGGGCAGUCUCUUCAGAAAUCAUUCGAUUCAAGAAUCUUGCUGACAUUAAGAGUGGAAGUGACUUAAGUGGAGCUCCUUUAGACAGUAUGAGUUAUGUUGAGAAUUCAAAUGUGGCUGAAAGUUUGCUUUUAAUGAAAUUCUACGCUUUAUCAUCGGGUAUUGUGAGCCAUUUGCUUUCUGACCGUGAUGGUAGAGAAUUGGAUCUUCCAUUUGAAGUAACGGAUGAACAGUUGGAGAUGAUUCUUUAUCCUAGAAGCACCUUUAUACUUGGUAGGUCAGGUACAGGGAAAACUACUGUGUUGACCAUGAAAUUAUUUCAGAAAGAAAAACUACAUCACAUGGCAACAGAAGGAUUCUAUGGAGAUCAUUAUCAUAAGCAUAUGCAUACUACUCAGGAAAAUGAUGUUGAGACGGUUAUUGGAGAGAAGAAACUAAAUAUCUUGCGCCAACUUUUCGUGACAGUCAGUCCUAAAUUGUGUUUUGCUGUAAAGCAACACAUUUCUCACUUGAAAAGCUCUACCCUGGGUGAGAAGUUUAUAGGAGAAGGCAGUUUACUAGACAUGGAUGAUAUUGAUGAUGGGGCACAAUUCAAAGAUAUUCCAAAUUCUUUUGUAGACGUUCCAUCUAAGUCAUACCCUCUUGUUUUAACGUAUCAUAAGUUCUUGAUGAUGCUGGAUGGAACAAUCGACAAUUCAUAUUUUGAUAGAUUCCAUGACGUAAGGAAACACUCUGAUACUCUAAGUCAAAGGUUAAGAUCAGUUUCCUUAUAUUCAAUUAUGAGGAUAAAGGAAGUUACUUAUGACAGGUUUAGUUUAUUUUAUUGGCCACAUUUUAAUGAAAAACUAACGAAGAAACUUGAUUCUUCAAGGGUUUUCACUGAGAUUAUAUCUUACAUAAAAGGAGGGUUGCAAUCUAUGGAGAUUAGUGAUGGUAAACUGAGUCGAGAAGAUUAUGUCCUAUUAUCAGAGGGUAGAGUUUCCACUUUAAGCAGACUGAAGAGGGAGAUGAUAUAUGAGAUAUUUCAAAACUAUGAGAAAAUGAAGAUGGCAAAUGGUGAAUUUGAUUUGGCUGAUCUAGUAAUUGAUCUUUAUCACUGACUUAAAAAGGGAAAUUAUCAUGGAGAUGAAAUUCAUUUUGUUUAUGUUGAUGAGGUGCAGGAUCUUACAGUGAGUCAAAUUGCUCUGUUCAAAUAUAUAUGCAAAAAUGUGGAAGAGGGAUUUGUUUUUUCUGGUGAUACAGCACAAACAAUUGCCAGGGGAGUUGACUUCAAAUUGAGCCAGAACUUCCGUACCCAUGUAGGUAUCCUGAAGUUAGCUCAGAGCAUCAUUGACCUCCUUUACCGUUUCUUCGAUCGCUUUGUUGAUGUUUUAAACCCUGAGACUAGUAUGAUAUAUGGGGAAUCUCCAAUUUUGCUUGAAUCUGAGAACAAUGAAAAUGCAAUCAUAAAAAUUUUUGGAAAGACUGGAAAUGCUGCUGGUGCCAUCGUUGGUUUUGGAGCGGAUCAGGUAAUAUUGGUACGGGAUGACAAUGCUCGGAAGAAUAUUUCUGACUACGUCGGGAAUCAAGCUCUUGUUUUGACAAUAGUAGAGAGCAAAGGCCUUGAAUUUAAGGAUGUGCUUUUAUACAACUUUUUUGGUUCGUCAAAUCUUAAGAAUCAAUGGCGAGUGAUUUAUGAAUAUAUGAAGGAACAAAGUUUGCUUGACUCCACAUCACCUAAUCCUUUCCCAAUCUUCAAUGAAGCUAAACACAACAUCUUGUGUGCUGAACUGAAGCAACUGUAUGUCGCCAUCACUCGCACAAGGCAAAGGUUAUGGAUCUGGGAGGAUAACAAGGAUGUCUCAAAACCUAUGUUUGACUAUUGGAAGAAGAAAUUUCUUGUUCAAGUCAAACAGUUGGAUGAUUCAUUUGUACAUGCAAUGCAAGUUGUGAGCACCCCAGAGGAGUGGAAAUUGAAGGGACUCAAGCUAUUUCAUGAAUGUAAUAAUGAAAUGGCAACUUUUUGCUUCGAAAGAGCUAAAGAUUUAUACUGGUUGGAAAGGUGUAAAGCUACUGCCCUUAAAGCUGAUGCUGACCGCAUCCGCAGUUUAAACCCUGUGGAGGCUAAUAUCAAACUAAGGCAAGCUGCUAUAAAAUUUGAAGCUAUAAACAAUGCUGAUUCAGCCGCCAAAUGUUUUUAUGAGUUGGGGGAGUAUGAAAGAGCUGGUAGGAUUUAUUUGGAAAAAUGUGAGGAACCAGAGCUGGAAAGAGCUGGGGAAUGUUUUUGUCUGGCCGGACACCAUGAGCUUGCUGCAAAGGUGUAUGCCAAGGGCAAUUUUUUAGCAGAAUGCUUGACUGUUUGCUCCAAAGGAAAGCUUUUUUAUGUUGGAUUGCAAUACAUAUAUUACUGGAAACAACAUGCCAGUAACGAUGUUGAUCUUGUCCAAAGAAUCAAACAAAUAAGCAACAUUGAACAAGAAUUUCUGGAGAGCUGUGCUUUUCAUUAUCAUGAGCAUAAAGAUAGCACGUCCAUGAUGAAAUUUGUGAAAGCCUUCCAGUCAUUGGAUUUGAAACGUAACUUUUUGAAGUCAUUGGAUUGCUUUGAUGAACUUAUACUUCUGGAAGAAGAAUCAGGAAACUUCCUGGAUGCUGCAAAUAUUGCAAAAACAAGAGGAGAUAUUCUCCGUGCAAGUGAUUUGCUUCAGAAAGCUGGGAAUUUCAAAGAAGCAUCUAUACUCAUUCUUAAUUAUGUGUUUUCCAACUCUCUAUGGUCAUCUGGGAGCAAAGGCUGGCCUUUGAAGCAGUUUCGAGAGAAGGAGGAGCUUUUGGGAAAAGCCAAGUCAUUGGCCAAGAAAGACUCGAACCAAUUUUCUGAAUUUGUUCAAACUGAAGCUGACAUUAUAUCAAAUGAGCAGUGCAACCUAUUGUUGCUUAGUCAACAAUUAAAUGCUUCAAAGCGAUGUCAGAGUUUAAGAGGCAAAAUAUUAACUGUUCGAAAGAUUCUGGAUUUCCAUCUUCAUUUAAGUACUUCCAAAUAUGGUUGGGAAGACGAAUUAGUUUCUGAUCUCAUAGAAGAUUCAGAAGACAUAAUUCAUAGGAGUAUGAUAAAAGAAGUUAUUUUUCAAAAUAUUGGCUUGAAAGGGUGUCUAUCUUAUGAGCAAAUUGGACGCAUGGCACUAAUGAUUCUGGGGUCUGGCAAGCCAAGUAAAGAGGUUGUAACGAAAAUAAACCAUGGAAGGAAUUUUUGGAGGGCCUCAGUCUUUCUGGAAAUGUUGGCCCAGGCAAUAACAUUGAUCCUGUUCAGAAGUUCUAUGCAGCACUGAAAGAUAUUUAUGAAACCAAAUGGAAGAAAGACUAUAUAUCACCGUCUAAUUUUCUGUAUCUUCUCCAGCGCUUUCUGAUUAUUUUAUCCAGCGUCCAGGGGUUCGUCUUAACCACACAGUCAUGUUUUGUGGAAUUGCUCAUCUACCAGGAGGGGAACACCCCCCCUGGUUUUAAGAUUGAUGUGCAAUUUUCCUUUGGAGAUAUACUUAACUUCGUAGUCGGCAUUGUUUCACAGUUCCUUCACCGCCAGAAUGACACAAGGGAGUGGAUCAAAAAGUCACAUACAAAUCAUGUGCAUCAUUACCAUUCACUUGUAGUUUUGAGAUUGGUUGUGAUAGUGUGUUUGCUUCAUAUGAAUUUUGGGAACUAUGCGAAUUUGCUCUUUGACUUGCUCAACAGGAACUAUGACAAACUGCCUCCGGAAUUUUGUAAUUUACUUCGCAGAAGAUGGAGGCAUAAUUCUCAUAAUGUUGAUGUGAUUGCCGAAGCAUUCAAGAAGAUCCGGAAUCCUCUUGUAAUUGUGAGUUUGGGGGAAAAUUGUUCAAGAUUUAGGUGUGGAGAUGCAGUUUUUGUUGACAUGACAGCUAACAAAUAUAAGGAGAUAUUACGUGUCAGGUUUCCACAAUCUGAAGGCCAUUCUGGAAAUAAACUGGAAGCUACUAAUCUGCACAAGAAUGUAUCUCUGUUAGACUGUCGUGGGAAAGAGAAGGGUUCAAUUCUUCCGACUUCAAAAUCUUCCAUCCUUCUAGAUAAGGAUUCAAUUGCCCAGACCAUAAAUGAAGAUAAAUCAGAAACAAUAGAGGCAUUGAUAGAAAAUGCAGAUGAUGAAAAGAGCAUUUUGUUGAAUGCCCCAGCAGUUAAGCAGAAUAGGAGUACUAAAGGCAAGGCAACAGAGGCGGGAUCAGAAGAGAAAUUGGAUAAGGACAGUAAGGAGACAUUGCAAGAGCAUGUAGCCUCUGGUUCCCAGUGGCCAGAAAAUUCUGAGAAGAUUGAAAACAA